UUCUGGGAAGCGGUUGCCGAAGACGGUUUGGUAAGAAAACGGGAAAGUUGUCAUGUCGGCGGCAGUGAGUGUCGUGUUUGGGACGUUCUUUGUUCUGAUGGUUCACGUCGGUCCCGUCUCGCCGUGCUCGGAGCCGAUAGGGUGGAAACCGCUUCCUCUACAGACCCGUAUUCAGAACGCGGACUGGAUCGUGGUGGGGACAGACCAGCUCCACUACAACCGUACCCGACACCCGAACGGCGUGUCGUACUGGACACAGUUCUCCCUCCGCUGUGUCCUGAAGGGUGACGGCCAGCCCGCGUCGCCCUUCCACGUCCAGAACAUGGGCGUCCCGAGUCCGUUCGGCGGCCAGUGCACCGCGCAUGAGGUCAGGGAGGGGGCGGACUACUUUCUCUUUCUGUGGUACGACGAGGCGGACGGAUACUACAACAUCGACGAAGUGAACCACCAGCAGGGGGUGUAUGAAUACUCCAGCGAGAACAUACAGACAUUUGAAGCGGCCUUGGGCCGGUUCCGGUGUGACGUCACCCCGGGGCAGACAACGACAAAGACGCCCAAGACCACAACCACCACGCCCGGACCGGUAGGAGCGGCACCUAGCGGAACUGCUUCUCAUCUCAUCCUGCUCAUCGGAUGCUUCACCGCCAUGCGUAUUUUACAUUGAAUAUCUUCAAAUUUAGC